AGAGGGGGGAAGAGCAAUAGAGAGGGAUCUUGAACUCCUGUCAGAUCACUGUUUUUGCAGGCAGUAGCCCUGUCUAGUCAUAUGCAUGCUGUUGUGCGCUACUCGCAAUCGGUGAAACCAGAAGACUGAAAUUGUGAAGUUUAGGAAGCAUGCGUGUACGGAUUCUGCAUGACCUUAGAAGCAACAGAGAAGAGCGCUCCGUCACCGAGAGUUGCAUUGAAGAAGGGCAGUGAGAGGGGAUGAUGUGCAGCUCUCUGAGUCCGAAGCACCUGGCCGGCCCGGGGCUGACAGACAUGCAGCAGUACAGCCAAUGGCUGGCCAGCCGCCACGAGGCCAGCCUGCUGCCCAUGAAGGAGGACCUGGCACUGUGGCUCACCAACAUGCUGGGUCAAGAGAUCACUGCGGAGAGCUUCAUGGAUCGUCUGGACAAUGGCUUCCUGCUCUGCCAGCUGGCUGAGACCUUGCAGGAGAAAUUCCGACAGAAUGGUGGCGAGAUGGCCAAGGCCAUCCCCAGCCGCAAGAUCCCCUGUCGAGCCAGCGCCCCCUCCGGGUCCUUCUUCGCCAGGGACAACACGGCCAACUUCCUGGCCUGGUGUCGGGAGGUGGGGGUGGGAGAGAUGUGCCUGUUUGAGUCUGAUGGACUGGUUCUCCACAAGCAGCCUCGGGAGGUGUGUCUCUGUUUGCUGGAGCUGGGCAGAAUUGCCUUGAGGUAUAAGGUGGAGCCCCCUGGUUUGAUUAAGCUGGAGAAGGAGAUUGAGCAGGAGGAGACGGCGCCUCUGCCGCCCCCCUCCCCGCUGUCACCCUUACUCUCCCCCACCAUCUCGUCCACGCCCACGCACACGCACUCACCCUCCGCCACCAAAACCUCCGCCAGCAAAAAGAGCACGGGCAAGCUGCUGGAUGACGCCGUUAAGCACAUCUCUGAGGACCCACCAUGCAAGUGCCCUAACAAGUUUUGCGUGGAGCGCCAUUCGCAGGGUCGCUAUAGAGUGGGAGAGAAGAUGCUCUUCAUCAGGAUGCUGCAUAAUAAGCAUGUGAUGGUUCGCGUGGGGGGAGGCUGGGAGACGUUCGAGAGCUACCUGCUGAAGCAUGACCCGUGCCGCAUGCUCCAGAUCUCCCGUGUGGAGGGCAAGACCUCUCCCGUCUCCAACAAGCCCCCCAACAUCAAGGACCUGAGCCCCGACAGCUACCUGGUGGUGGCGGCUCACUACCGCAGCAAGAAGUAGCGCACCUCACACACUUACUCAACCACCCCUGGCCAGAGAGGGGCUCCUUGCAUGGGGAGAUCAGUUUUUUAAUCUGACACCAUCAUCAUUGGUCUGACACCAACUCCAUUUACCAAAACUUGUUUCAUGCAAGCUUGUGUAACAGAUGUAAACAUGUACUGACUGACCAUGUUACAUUUGCUUUCGCUCAAACACAAAACACCCACUGGUCAGGGCUUCUAAUACACUCUUUCCACAGGGGCCCCACUCAUUCUGGGGUCCUUCACACCCUGCUUCCAACAGUGGGUACAGUCUCAAUGUGGUUGGACUGAGGGACUGAGCAGCCUUGAUCUCAGGUCUUUGGGCUGAAUAUCGUUCACACUGGCUACAUCACCAGAGACCUCCUGGAGGGUCAUGACGCUGGUGGUUGACCUAUGAGAAGGGCUGUCAACAGAAGCCUCCACCAUGAGAGUCGUGUGACAGAAAGUGCCGGUAGAUUCUUCUGAAUCGUUCCAGCUACAAAGAGUGUCUGCAAAGAUCUAUAGCCAGGUUUGCAUGUGCAUUGUGUGUGUGUGUGUGUGUGUGUGUGUGUGUGUGUCUGUCUGUGUGUGCGUCGGCGUGUGUGUUUGUGGACGAGAGUGAGUAAAAGUAAAGGGUUCUGAUGUGAUGUGUAUGCCGGUGGUGUUGGUGGCAUGGAGAGACGUGUUGAGCUGCCGACACCCAUCUUCACAGUGAAGUCACGCUCUGCAGAGUGCCACAGCCACCACCGCUGACUCCAGGCCGCUGUGCUGAAAAACGGACUGCGGGAGUGUGGAAGAGAGAGUGAUGCUGCCUUUGUACAGAAACACAGUAUGGCGUGGAGGAAAGAGCCGUGUACAUUCCCAUAAGCUUUACAACCUCAGCAUCAUCAUCUGCACUUAAAGAGCAUUCUUAAAGCACAGGCCAGAAUAGGCAGGAAGCCGUUUAUGAUAUUCAUUUAGCUUUGUAGUCCAAGCAGAGGAAAUGUAUGCGUAGUUGGCUUCAGUGUAAGUGAAAUUGAAACAUGUUCUUUUGGUUCUGUGAUAGAACCAAAAACUUUUGAAUGAUUGAGUUUUGCGUUCGUUCAACACACCACUGUGUGCAUAUUAUAGGUGC